AUGAAGCUGGAUACUAGAGCGCUGCGCCAUCUGGCGGCGGAGGACUGGCGAGUCCUCACUGCUGUCGAGUUGGGUAGCAAAAACCACGAAAUCGUACCUACAGCACUUAUCGAGCGAAUUGCGCGACUACGAGGCGGUGCAAGCGGUGUCCACAGAAGUAUAUCUGCCCUCGCCAAAGUCGGCCUGAUUGCCCGAGUAAAGGAAGCCAAAUACGACGGUUACCGGUUGACCUACGGUGGCCUUGACUACCUCGCCCUACAUACGUAUUCUAGCAAGAAGGUGGUAUACAGUGUCGGCAGUAGAAUCGGAGUCGGCAAAGAAAGCGACAUCAUGGUUGUCGCCGAUCACACUGGCACGCAGCAGGUCCUCAAGAUCCAUCGUCUUGGCCGAAUCUCGUUCCGAACAGUCAAAUCGAACCGCGAUUACCUGCGCAACAAAUCUUCAGGCUCAUGGAUGUACUUGUCAAGACUUGCUGCGAUGAAGGAGUACGCUUUUAUGCAAGCUCUGCGGGAAGAAGGGUUUCCUGUACCAGAGCCGCUUGGCCAGUCCCGCCACACCAUCGUCAUGACGCUAAUUGAUGCCCACCCUCUCCGACAAAUAUCUGACGUCCCCGAUCCGGCAUCUUUGUACGCGGAGCUGAUUUCUCUUAUCUUGCGUCUUGCCGAGCACGGUCUUAUUCAUGGAGACUUUAACGAAUUUAACAUUCUGAUUAAAGAGAACAAAACGACGAACGAGGCUGGCGAGGACGAAAUUACCCUGGAGCCGAUUGUUAUCGACUUCCCGCAGAUGGUUUCUAUGGAACACCAAAAUGCCGAAAUGUAUUUUGAUCGCGAUGUAAACUGUAUCAAGCGAUUUUUUCAGCGCCGCUUCCACUUCACGGCCACACAGCCAGGCCCUUUUUUCAAGGAUGCCAAGAAGCGGCUUGGAAAAGGCGGCAAGACACGGCUGGAUGCGACGGUGGAAGCGUCAGGAUUCACCAAGAAGAUGCUGAAAGAUCUGGAAGCAGCUAUCAGAGAAAAGGGAGAAACAAGAACAGACCAAAAGUCGGGUGACGAGGACGAUGAUGACAAUGAUGACGAUGAAGACGAGGAGGAGGACAGUGAAGGCGACGAAGAUGCUUCCGGGGAGGAGUCUGGCCCUAUCGUCAUUGGCGGAGUUGAGGCCACAGAUGCCGCAGAAGAAGUCAAUGACAGCAUGGCUGAGUUGAAAGUAUAA